AUGGACCAGGACGAAGAACUCACAGCAUCUGUUUGGGAUGAUGUGCUCCUGCCGGGCCCCAAUAGUUCAGUGUUUGGACAAGGCCGUCAUAGUGACAUGGGGUUAAGUCUGACAACUCAGGGAUUUGAAUCGUUGGCUAUACAUUCACCUUUUGCCGAUACACUUGGUGACGAUGAUCAUAAUCAAGGUAACAAUGAUGAUGAUGAUGAUGAUGAUGAUGAUGAUGAUGACAAUGAAGAACAAACUAGUAGUACAAGGGAAGCUGAGGCCAACGUUGGAAGUGAUGAUGAUACCAAUGUUCUGGGUUCAGCACAGAAUACAACAGCCAUUGAAGGCUUUGGUACGGAUACUAAUUAUGACUACGAAAAGGAGCAAAUCACUCAAUUGAAAAAUGAAGAAAGGACUAUACAUAAAUCAAAUCUUUUAUCUGAAUUGACACAUGGUGGUUCAGAUACUUUUGAGGAAGCUGUGACUCCUAAGAAAUUGACUAACACGCUUUUCAAUGAACGUGCCAGUCCAUUGCCAGGUGUUACCAUAGAUUUUAACAAUGAAGGAGGUGAAAAUACUAAGGAUGUCUUGUCUCCCAAAAAAACAUCUCAAUUAAAGAACAGUUCCUUCAAAGCCAAAAGGGGUCGAAAAAACAGUUCCAAGGUAAAUUCACAUUUCCUCAUUCAAGCCUCUUCGAAAUUUAAAGAUACUAAUAGUACUAAUGAUACUUCUCUUGGUCCAUUAACUUUCAACGCAACUGCUCAAAAGAAAGAGAAGGAAGAUUCAGUUGCUGAAAUGCUUGCGAAGGAAGUGGAAGCUCCGUUGUACGAAAUAACCACUGAUACCAUAGAGAAACAAUCAUCUAUGAAGUCUUCUUCAUCGCAGCCAACAGAGCCCAGCACUGCUAGCCAAGAUAGUACUAUAAUUGAAGUUAACACCAAAGACAAUAAUCAUUUGGAAAUCUCAGUGGGAGAUCCUGUUAAAGUCGGUGAUAUUACAAAUGCGCACAUUGUUUACACUGUUAAAACCAAAAACAAGAAUAGGGAAUCUACCCAUUUCCCCACUCCUCCGGAGGAUGGUGAAAAUGGUGGUUACUUCAAUGUAAUCAGAAGGUAUCGUGAUUUCCGUUGGAUUUACCAUCAAUUACAAUUGAAUCAUCCAGGUCGAAUUAUACCUCCACCUCCCCUGAAGCAAACAUAUAUUGGUCGGUUUAAUGAGAAUUUUGUUGAGAACCGAAGAUUAAGUUUGGAGAAAAUGCUUACAAAAAUUAGUAGUCUUCCACAUCUUACUAAUGAUCCAGAUUUUGUCAUGUUUUUGGUAAAGGAAGAUAUCCCUAAUGAAAUGAAGGAACGAGAGAGAAUUACCGGGAGUAAUACUGGUGCUGGAGUAUCUGAUGGUGCCAGUGUAAAUUCCAAUGGAACUGAACUGCAAGGCGGUGGUGAACUGGCAUCGGCCAUGUUUGCUAGUGGAGUUGGAGGUGGUGGUUUCAUGUCAUCCAUUUUUUCCAUUUCUAAUAAAUUUACGGAACCUGAUAAGUACUUCUUGGAGAAGAAGGUAUAUAUUGAGGAUCUUGAGAUCAAUUUGAAACAAUUUUACAAAUCAAUUGAUUUGAUAAGUACUCAAAGACUUGAGUUAAUUGCUAUCAUUGAUGAAUUGGCUAUAUGUAUUGACGAGUUGGCUGGAUUCGAAGUUCUGAAAGUUACAACAGAAUUAUUGGGAGAUUUCAGUGAUGUUCAACUUAAGUUAAAGGAUGCACUUGAUCGGACCAAUGUACAAGAUCAAAUGACACUUGGAUUCACAAUUGAAGAAUAUUUAAGAAUCAUUGAAAGUAUCAAAUAUACAUUUGAUACUAGGCAACGGAUCUAUUCUCAAUAUGACAACAGUCAACGUGAGUUGACCAACAAACAAAUCCAAUUAGAAAAGUUGCAAAGGAAAUAUAAAACGCAACAAGAUAAAAUUGGUAUUUUGCAAUUUGAAAUUGAUAAGUUACAAUCUUCAGUCAAGUCACAAGAGGCCCAAUUCCAUCAAAUCUCAGAAACCAUUAAAAGUGAAAUGAACAAAUUUGAAAUAGAUAAGAUUGAGGAUUUCCGAAAUACUAUUGAAAUAUUUAUUGAAUCAAGCAUUGAGGCUCAGAAGGAAGCAAUCGAAACGUGGGAAACAUUUUAUGAAUCUCAUCAAUUAGCCAGUGUAUAA